AUGGCGUCAGAACAGCCCUCAGACUGCCGCAACAACCAUAGACUGUCACCCUCGCCACCCAGGUCACCACACGCCACCCAGUGUCACCCUCAACAGCCAGUGUGCACCCUCGCUGCCACCCAGUCCGCCACCUGUCACCCCACCCAGUACACCCUCGCCACCAGUGUCAUCCUCACCCAGUGUCACCUCGCCGCCCAGUGUCACUGCCGCCCAGUGUCACCUCGCCCAGUGUCUCGCCAGUGUACCCGCCGAGUGUCACCUCUGCGGCCACUGAGUGUCACUGCCCAGUGUCACCUGCCGCCCAGUCACCCCUCGCUGCCCAGUGUCAUCCUCGCCGUCCAGUUGUCACCCUGGUCCAGUGUUACCUCGCCACCCAGUUGUCACCUCGCCAUCCAGUGUCAUCCCUCGCCACCCAGUGUCACCUCACCCAGUGUCACCUCACACCCAGUGUCAUCCUCGCCGCCCAGGUCACCCCCCGCCGCCCAGUGUCACCCUCGCCGUCCAGUGUCACCCUCGCUGUCCAGUGCUCACCUCGCCGUCCAGUGUCACCCUCUCCGCCCAGUGUCACCCUCGCCGUCCAGUGUCACCCCGGCACCAGUGUCACCCUCGCCGCCCAGUGUCACCCUCGCCGUCCAGUGUCACCGCCGCCCAGUGUCACCCUCGCCACCCAGUGUUAUCCUCGCCACCCAGGUCACCGCCACCCAGUGUCAUCCCUGCCACCCAGUGUCACCUCGCCACCCAGUGUCAUCUUCGCACCCAAUGUCACCUCGCCACCCAGUGUCACCCUCGCCACCCAGUGUCAUCCUCUGCCCCAGUGUCACCCUCGCCGCCCAGUGUCACCCCCGCCACCCAGUGUCACCCCUGCCACCCAGCCAUCCUCGCCACCCAGUGCCCCUCACCCAGGUCACCCCUCCGCCCAGUGUCACCCCUCACCCAGGUCACCACCCAGUGUCAUCCUCACACCCAGUAUUCAUCCCUGACAACGGUGCAUCAUCCCUCGCCACCCAGCAUCAUCCCCGCCCAGAGUCACCCGGUCGCCGCCCAGAGGUCACCCUCACACCCAGUGUCACCGCCACCCAGUGUCACUGCUGUCCAGUGUACCUCGUCCAGGUCACCUCGCCACCCAGUGUCACCGCCACCCAGUGUCACCUCGCCACCCAGUGUCACCCUCGCCACCCAGUGUCACCCCUCGCACCCAGUGUCAUCCUCGCCCAGUAUCAUCCCUCGCCACCCAGCAUCAUCCUCGCCGCCCAGAGUCACCUGUCGCCGCCCAGUCACCCCGCCACCCAGUGUCACCCUCGCACCCAGCAUCAUCCUCGCCGUCCAGUGUCACCCUGGCACCCAGUGCCCUCGCCACCGCAGGUCACUGUCGCGCCCAGUGUCACCCCUCGCGCACCCAGUGCCCUCGCCACCCAGUGUCACCUCGCUGCCCAGGUCACGCCCAGUGACAACCCAGUCACCUCACCCAGCAUCAUCCUCGCCGUCCAGUGUCACCCCGGCACCCAGUGGCCACCGCAGCCCAGUGUCACCUGCCACCCAGUGUCACCCCUGCUGCCCAGUGUCACCUCGCUGCCCAGUGUCACCUCGCCGCCCAGUGUCACCCUGCCGCCCAGGUCACCCCUCCUGCGUCACCCCGCCGCCCAGUGUCACCCCUGCCGCCCAGUGUCACCCUCUGCCAAGGUCACCCCUGCCGCCGUGCGUCACCCUCGCCACCCAGUGUCACCCUCGCCACCCAGCAUCAUCCCCGCCGUCCAGGUCACCCCGGCACCCAGUGCUCGCCACCCAGUGUCACCCUCGCCACCCAGCAUCAUCCCUCGCCGCCCAGUGUCACCCCUCGCCACCCAGCAUCCCUCGCCGCCCAGUGUCACCUGCCGUCCAGUGUCACCCUUCGGCACCAGUGUCACCCUCGCCGCCCAGUACCCCGCCACCAGCAUCAUCCCUCGCCGCCCAGUGUCACCCUGCCGUCCAGUGUCACCUCGCACCCAGCAUCAUCCUCGCCGCCCAGUGUCACCUCGCCGUCCAGUGUCACCCUCGGCACCCAGUGCCCCCUCGCCGCCCAGUGUCACCUCGCCACCCAGCAUCAUCCUCGCCGCCCAGUGUCACCGCUGUCCAGUGUCACCCUCGCCACCUAGCAUCCCCUCACCCAGGUCACCGUCCAGUGUCACCCUCGGCACCCAGUGUUCUCCCUGCCCAGUGUCACCCUCGCCACCCAGCAUCAUCCUCGCCCAGUGUCACCCCCUCGCCCAGUGCCACCUCGCCGUCCAGUGUCACCUCGCCACCCAGCAUCAUCCUCGCCGCCCAGUGUCACCCUCCACCCAGCAUCAUCCUCGCCCAGUGUCACCCUCGCCGCCCAGGUGUCACCCCCGCCGCCCAGUGUCACCUCGCCGCCAGUGUCACCCUUCGCCGCCCAGUGUCACCCCUCCGCCCAGUGUCACUCGCCACCCAGUGUCACCCUCGCCACCCAGCAUCAUCCUCGCCGCCCAGUGUCACCCUCGCACCCAGUGUCACCUGCCGCCCAGUGUCACCCCCUCUCCGCCCAGUGUCACCCCUCUCCGCCCAGUGUCACCCCUCGCCACCCAGUGA